UGCGCCAUCUACCGCCCCAAACAUAGAACUGGGCAAUAUGUUCAGUAACUCGUACUCGGAUUUGUUUUGAAACAGUAAAAAUUUAUUCUUAGUGCCGUUUUACGAAAAAUGUCCGCGAAUCAGCCGUAAGUGUGCCGGUGUGUAGUGUCGACGACGUGAAUCCCUAUAUCGAUUCCGUUCGCGAGUUACUACGGCUUUAAAGCACCAUUGUAGCGGCUAGCAAUGGCGUCUGAGCACGAAGCUUCGUGUGAAAACGAUCCGAAUUUUCCCGUUAUAUGUGCUUUCCUCGAACGAUUCGGGACUCUGUGUGGAUUGACCGACAUCGAUUUCCUGGAACUUCAGAAAUGGCUUGAGGACACCACCGAAGUAUCUAAAGAAUUAUUUACCAUCUUAGUAAAACUUCUCAGAAAGUCCAGAAAAACCGUUAACAUAGAUAAAUGGGAAAAAGCUCUAGUAAACUUUUGCUAUGGAUAUUCUUCACAGGACGCUUGGGAAUUCGAACGUUUUGGAUUCAAGAAAGCUAAACUGUCUGUUAAAAUUAGGGCGUUGAAGGAAUUACUGGAAACACAAUUUGAUACACACAUCAAAUUUAAAAAUGAGAUAAACAAGAUGACUUCUGACGAUCUUAGAUCAAAACCACUUGGUCGUGACAAACAUGGACAUUCUUAUUGGUUCAUGAAUGAUGAAAACUACCAAAUUAGAGUCUAUAAAGAAGACUGUGAUGAAGAAACAAUAACUCUUGUCGCAAAGGAUAGGGAAGGAUUGUUAAAAUUAAUUACAGAAUUGGGCGGGGACAGCGACUCAAAGGGUACCUCGGAAGAUAGUAACAGUCUAUCGGAGAAACCAUUGCUGGACACUGGUCAGACAGACUCGAAUUCAGAGGAUGUAAACAUAUCAACAGUUGAUAAGAGUAAACUGGUGUUUAAGGAUAUCUCCAUAAAAUUAAAGAAGGCAGAUAUACCUAAUUCGCCACAAGUAAAAGAAGAAAAUGAAAAUGGUCAAGAUGAAACCAAAAAUAAUGGUAAGAGGAAAACGGAAGACCAUGAAGAAGUGGAAGCUAAAAGGGUUAAAGAAGAAGAAGAAUCUGCUGGUGACAUUAAAAAUGAAGAAUCAGAAGGCAGUAAAGACCAUGGUUCUACAGAACAUAAUAAAACUGAAGAAAACAUAGUUAGUGAGACUAUUGAGGAACCUGUUAUGAAGGUGGAAGGUGAAGGAGCAGGUGCAGACAAUGAAGCAGUUUUUGGUUUGGAUCCAAUAGUUGGUGACACUAUUGAAGAAGAAGUUAUGUACUUUUAUGGUGAAGGCAGUGGCAGGGACUGUGAUACUGGCAAUGAGGAAGAAAAGAAGUCAGAGACUAUUCAAAACUCCAGUAUUAAUAACAAGAGUAAUCUAAAUAGUAAUAAGAGUGACAUGGAUAAUAUUAAUUGUAUGUCUAAAGAAGUUCCUAGCUCGCUAAGUACCAUUGAUAGAAAGACUGAUAAUACUCCAGAACAAGAUACAAAAAUUGUAAAUAGCGGAGAAUCAAAUUCUACAGUAUCCACUCCAAAAAAGUCUAUGUUUUUUUUUGGACCAUCCAAAACUAACUCUUUGUCCCCAAAUUUAACUAUUGGGUUUGGUCAAAAUUCAACUGUUAAGGAUUCAGAAAAAUCUGAGAAAGAUCAUGAUGAAAAUAACGUCAACAAUUCAGAAAACAGUUCAAAGGAUUUACAGAAAACAGACUUAAUAGAAAAUGGCGAGUUAAAGGAACAACAAAAAAAUGUUGAAAAGACAUCAGAUAACUUUGAGAAAAACAAAUUGAUAGAAAAAAUUGAGAAUAACACUACUAAAAUUAGUAAUGAUGUACAAUCAAUUUCAAAAGCACAAGAUGAAUCAACGUCGAAUUUAAAAGUAGAGAACGUUGAUAAUAAAGAAAAGGAUUCAAAAGAUAACAAAAUUACUGAUAAUAGUGAAAUUCAUAUAAGUGAAGAUUUAAAAACUGAUGAGGUUAAUAAUACUAAAACAGUAGAAGAGGUUAAUAAUAAAAUUGUACCUGAAGAGGUUAAGUUAGGCAAAGAAUCAAAUAUGCAAUCUUUAGAAAAAGGUAAUGAUGAAGAAGGUUCAAAAAUAUGUGAAGAAGCACAAAGUGUGGCAGAAGAUAAAAAUGCAUUGGAAAUUGUCAUAGAGACACCCUGUUUAAAGAAGGUUGCUUAUAAAUGUGGGGAGAAAGGAGAGAAGUCCUUAAAUGAAAAUUCUAAUCCAAUAGAACAAGGAGAUGAUGUAAGUGGUAGCAAAGAUAUGGCUGAUCAAAAAGUAGAAGACAAAACAGAACCUACAAUAGCAAAAGUAACUGAAAGUGAAGAAAAUCAAGAGUCAUCUAAGAAUAAGGUUAGCACUGAAGAUGAAGAAUUUGUGGAAGAUGUAAAACCUUCAGAUAAAAAAAAAUUAAUAGAUAUAUCUAUACAAGAAAAAUGUAGAGAUGAGGAUAAUAAUGUUGAAGAUGCCAAACCCUUGGAAAAACAAGUAAAUGUGGUGCAGGAUAAAUCAACACCUGAACAAGUAUUAGAAGAAGUGAAAGUGUCUGAAGAAAAAAUAAAUUCCACUAUAGACGAAGAACAUACAAAAGACGAUGAUUCAUCAAUGUCAAUAGAAUCUAAACAAAACCAGUUGUCUACUGAAGACAUAAAUGAGAAAAGUUCUCUUGACAAGUGUCAACAAGAACCAGAAGGUCCCAAAAACCCUGAAUAUAAUGAUCCAGAACUGAUUGAUAAAAUUGAACCGUCCAAGAAGAUGAAAAUGAAUGAAGAACAGGAAUGUAAUGAUGAAACAUUCGCCGAUUCAUCAGCAGGUGCCUCACCGCAAUCCGUUCUCUCCGUCGAUUGUGCAAUUGAAAGUCCGGAUAAUGAAGCUAAUGUUUCAACAGUCUUGGAAAAGGAUCCUUUGGCAGUUACUGAUGAGGACACCAAUGUGGAAGCUCCCCCACCUGCAGAGAAAUCCGUGAACCUUUUGUCACUAUCAUUCGAUUUUGUUGAAUCUCCUACCUCUGUAGCUCCCACUCUGCCUUCAAGAAGAAGUUUGAGGAAACGAGGCCACGAUGAUAACGAAUCUAAGCCCGAAUCACUAACUACUGGAAAAAAAAUGAAGCUAAAGGCCAAACGGACGGUCGAUUCGCAGCUUCGAAAAAGUAUCGAGGAUCAAGAACAUAGGAGGGUUAGUACUAGUGAGGAGGAAGACACUAAUGCAGAUGAUCAGAAAGCAUCUGAAGAAGCUACUGUACCUUCUGCUGGAAGUAACCCUAAGAAGAAAGGGGGUAGCCGCAAAAAGGGCAAGAAAAGGAGAGCAGCUCCAGUCAAAAAAGAAACGUCAAAUGCAGCAGUACAAGAAAGUGACGAGAACUCUAAAGAGAAGUUUAAGGAAGUGGCCAUGGUCAGUGACAGUAACUCUCGGCCUAAUACUCCACCCAAAAAGACACCAAAAAAGAACACAAAUUCACGAAUUUUAAAGAAUUUGGGUAUAACCGACACAAAUACAAUAGAAGAGUCUUCAGUUGGAGUGCGACAGUCUAGACGAUUGGCUCAGAUGAAGAUAAGGGAACAGGCUGAAAGCAAACUGGUUACUCAUCAAACGCAAGCGACAGAUACCAAGAAAAAAAAGGGAAAGAAAGACGACUUGGACUACAAGGCAGAAAAACGAAAAAGAAAUAAGCGCCAAGAAGAAGAUGAUGAUUUUGAUGAAUCGGUUGAUUCGAAAGAACCCAGUAAGGGAAAAAAGAAGAAAGGGUUACAAUUAAAACAAACAUUUGAUGAGAACAGACCUUGGUGUUCAAGUGAUGAAUACAGUGAUGAGGUUGAAGAAGAAGAAGAGGAAGAAAUUGAUGAAGUAGUAGAAGAGGAACUUGUUUUCAAGUCGGACCACGAGUUCUCUCCAGAGAGCGAUAUAGAUGACGGAGAUUAUAAGCCUACGAAAAGGGCAAGAACCGCAAAAAAAGAAACUGAGACUACAGUUGAAGAAGAUGAGUGUCCAUGUGAGAAAUGUGGAAAAUCUGACCACCCUGAAUGGGUUUUAUUAUGCGAUAAAUGUGACAAAGGGUGGCAUUGUUCGUGUUUGAGGCCUCCUUUACUUGUUAUACCUGAAGGAGACUGGUUCUGUCCUCCAUGUCAACAUGUAAAUCUACUACAGAGUCUGCAAGAAAAGUUAGUACAAUAUGACAAAAAAUUAAAGAAAAAAGAAAUCGAAGAUCGACGCAAGGAACGUCUUGCAUAUGUUGGCAUUAGCCUAAAUAAUGUGCUACCAACCAAAGAGGAGCCGAAAAAACCGCCAAUUAGCAAUCGUUGGGCUUUGCCCAGCGAGACGAGCAGCGAUGAGGAAUCCCACACUUUUGAGUCCAGUUCAGGAAGUGAUAGUGGUGAACCUAUAUAUCAAUUGAGGCAACGACGCCAAGCCAAAAGCUACAAAUUCAAUGACUACGAUGACCUUAUUAAAUCUGCGAUUGAAGAGGACAUGGAGGCUGCAAAAGACACAGGGUCUGUGAGCCGAGGUAAAGAUAUGCAGACAAUAGUAAAUGCUGCUAAAGAGGAAGAAAAACCUGCAAACGCUGAAAAUGCAGACGAGACUGCCCGUCAACAGACUGAAACUUUGCCGGCUCUGGUUGAGCAGUCUGAAGUGGAUAAUAGAGAGGCAGAUGGAAGUGAGGAAGAUGUUCCACCUCCAGUUGUGCCCAAAACCACGUCGCGAUUGAAAAGGAAGCCAAGAAAGUUAAAUAACUUAGAUAUUGAUAGUGAGGAUGACGCAGAGUCGGAUGAAGACUUUAAGGGCACUAGUUCUGAGUCGGAAGAAGAAGAGGACGAUGAAGAAUUAGAUUCAGAAUUUAGUGACGACUACGUAAGAGGUGGCAAACGUAAAAACACCCCAAUUCGCAGAUCAACCAGGGCACGAACAGCACGUUACAAUUCCGAUUUCAUUAAUGAUAGUGAAGAGGAUGCUCCAAUUAGAAAAAAGAAACGGUCAGUUUGGGCUUCUUCCGAAGAGACUGAAGAAUCGGAUGGAUCUUGGGGCGACCGAGGAGACAAAAAGGGAAAAUCUAAGAAGAAAAAGUCGAAAAAGAAACAUUUUGACGAUUCGGAUUUAGAAAGUUACAGAAAAAAGAAACCAAAAAUUAAAUAUGGAGGUCUUGACUCCAGCGAAGAAGAAACAGGACGUGGACGAAGAACGAGAGGAAAGAAGACAUCUUAUAUUGAUACGUUAGGAUCUGACAGUGAUGGGGACAAAAAGUCUCAAGAGUCUGAAGAAGAAUAUGUAGCAAAUGAGGACGAGUUAGACGAGGACGAAAAGGAUAGUGAGGAUAUUCCUGAAGAAAAUGACGAGUCAUCUGAUGAAGCGCCCCUCAAAGUAUCCAAGCUUAAGGCAAAAGUCAAGAAGAAAAAUGUGAUUGAAGAUGACGACGAAGACUCAUCUGAACCUGAAAAUAAAAAAGAUAAAGUAACGGUUCCCAAACCCAUUGAUACGGAGAAAAACACUACACCUGGGUUAGAAAUUUUUGGACAUAGUGCAAUAACUGAGACCAAAAUUGUUGAAGCAAGUGGACCUCCGCUUCUUGCGGCACCUGCUACUAUUCCACCACCCAAGUUGGAGGAGAAGAAAAUAAUUUAUACACCCACUAAAAUGCCUGAACCAAUAAUCAGUAACUCAGCAGCUUUUAUGCACGAUGACAGCAACGAUGAUUUAAGCGAACCACCAGCUGUAUCUCUACCCAUGUUCGCCGAACUGAUGAAACCUGAAGAUGAAAAUCCCAAGAAAAAGAAGACCGUCAAACCGAAAAAGUCGCUGGAAGAGACCCUGGCCAGCUUGGGCUGCUCCAAGGAGGUCGGGCUAGUUCGUCAGGAACAACAGCCUUCGCCCUUGGCCAUCGAUCUAAAGAAGGUAUCGCCACCUAAAUCUACGGUGAUGGGCGGUGGCACAAUCGAGAUCGCGCCUGCUCCGCAACCGUUUUCGCAGAGCGUCGGCACACCGUCGGUCAUCACCAAGAUGUUGCAGGCACCACCUGUGUCGUCUCAACAGCAACAACAUCUGGUGGGUGGUAACGCGGUCGCGGCUUCGGGAGCGUCGCCCUCAAAGCCUCAGUACGGCAUCAUAAGGCCGAAGCAGUUCGCGACAAUGGCGAAUUCGGACGACGAGGAGGAAGCGCUGUCCCAAGGCGGACAUCAGCCGCCGCCUCACGCAAGCUUCAUGUCCGUUGCAGCACCCACUACAAGAGGUGGCCCUGUUGUGCCGCCCUUCCGCCAAAUGUCUCCAGGUAUGAACCACUAUCAAAGAAGGCCUGUGGGUCCUCCACUUCCAUCGCAACUGCGACAUCCUGCCCCGCAACCUCAUAUGUAUGGGCCUCCUCCAGUUACGUCACCAGGCAUUCCGCCCGUCGUUGACCACCAUUCCAGUCCAGCGCCUCCCCCACAGCUUGUAGCACCACCCCCUGGACCCAACAAGCCUAGAUUCCCGAUGACCUUGCCAUCUAGCAUUUCCAUAAGUUCAGUACGGCCGACUAACUUGAUGGCUCCCAGGCCACCAGCCAACAGUCAUGCGCCACCUCCCCCUAUGCCGCCUUCGUAUCCACCUCCCCCUAACAGUUACUACGGAGGUGCCACUUUUGUACCGCCACCCGAGGAUGCACCCAUACCGUACCAGGAUUCGCCAUAUUCGGAUCAAUACGAAGACGCACCAGUUCAAGAAAACAGUAAUGGAAAGUCACCGGAGCAAGAGUCUGGAGAGUUUGGCGGGCUCGUAUCUUAUUUUUCGAGUCAGCACGAAGACGAUUUGGACGCGUAAUUUUCCUGAAGGACUGAUUAUACUGAAUGAAUGCUAACUGUAUUGGAAAACUAUUUUUUCCAUAAAUUUAUGUAUCUCACACUAUUAUAUUUAUUUUGAUAAAUGGAUAUACUUACAAUUUAGAUAUUUUUUAUUUAUAAAUGUACAUAAUUUAGGUUAAGCUUAAUGUUGUAAAUAUGUGUAUAUAAUACUUUUUAGAUGACUAAAUUAUGUUUACAAAUUAUGAAAUGGGAAAUGUUUUAUUAUGUUAUUACCAAAUAUAAUCUUUAGUUAAAGUGUAGAAUAUGUAUAAAAUUGUGCAUUUUUUACCAGAGUCCAAAAAUGUACAUAGGAUUAGUGAAAUGUGGAGUAAAGAAUAAAAUGAUGGAUUUAUUUUUCAUAUUUGUAGUGUAUAUGAAUUUUGAUUUUAUUCACAUCUUUAGUUCCAUUAAUUUUAUUAAUGCUAGAUGCAUUUUUUUUUAUUUUCAACUUAUAAUUGUACCAUAAAAUUUUCUAUUUUCUAUACACUUUAAAGUAUGUAAUUUACUGUAAUAAAUUAUUUGUGUAUUCAGCCUA